CAGAAGAUCCGGCAGAGGACCCAGAAGGAGCCUGUGAUGCAGAUGCUGACCCAGCGGAGGUGCCCAAAGACCAGGAACCAGAGGGGGCUAAAGACACUAAUCGGGGAACAGCACCUUCUGUUCCGCCUGAGCGGGAUCCACCUGACUCAGUACCUGCCAAGCUGUCCUCCCAUACGAGCGCCGAGCCUCCCCCUAAGAGACCAAGAUCUGCCGAGGAGAAGAGAGAGCAGCUCUUCCAGUGUCCAUACUGCAAGUACACCAAUGCAGACGUGAAUAGACUGCGGGUCCACGCCAUGACGCAGCACUCCGUGCAGCCAAUGCUGCGCUGUCCACUUUGCCAAGAUAUGUUAAACAACAAGAUCCACCUACAGCUGCACCUUACCCACCUGCACAGCGUGGCCCCGGACUGCGUGGACAAACUCAUCAUUACAGUAACUUCUCCAGAGACGCUCAUGCCGAGCAGCAUGUUUCUUCCUGUGAACUCACCGGAGCGAGAAAAACCUGCAUCAGCCCCAGAAGCUACCGAGAAGGCUUCAGAACCCAUUGAAGCUUUGUCUAAGAAUGCAGUUGUCCCUGAAAUGACUGAGCUGACUACAGAACAGAGAGCACCCACCAUCGACAACUCCACCAGAGAAGAUUCUGGAUUCUUGUGCUGGAAGAAAGGAUGUAACCAAGUGUUUAAAACCUCCGCUGCGCUACAAAACCAUUUCAACGAGAUUCACAACAAGCGUCCUCAAUUGCCAGUUUCUGACCGCCAUGUUUACAAGUACCGUUGCAACCAAUGCAGCUUAGCUUUCAAAACUAUCGAGAAACUUCAGCUCCAUUCACAGUAUCAUGUGAUCCGUGCAGCCACCAUGUGCUGUCUUUGCCAGAGGAGCUUCCGCACAUUCCAAGCCCUUAAGAAGCAUCUAGAGACCAGCCAUCUGGAGUUGAGCGAGUCUGACAUCCAGCAGCUGUACAGCGGCCUUUUGGUGAAUGGAGACCUUACAAGCAUGGGAGAGCCAGCUAUGUCUGAUGACCAAAGCAUGCUAGUAGAUGAUGACAAGGAGGAUGAGAGUGACCUAGAGGAAAAGCAGAGUCCCACAGGAAGCGAUUCAGGUUCCAUACAAGAAGACUCCGGUUCUGAACCUAAACGAGCUCUUCCCUUCCGUAAAGGCCCAAAUUUUACUAUGGAAAAGUUUUUGGACCCCUCUCGACCCUACAAGUGCACAGUAUGCAAAGAGUCGUUCACUCAGAAGAACAUUCUGCUGGUGCAUUACAAUUCUGUGUCACAUCUGCAUAAACUUAAAAGAGCCCUGCAAGAUUCAACCACCGGGCAACCGGAACCCACCAACAGCCCCGAUAAUAAACCAUUUAAGUGUAACACUUGCAAUGUUGCAUACAGCCAGAGCUCCACCCUAGAAAUUCACAUGAGGUCUGUAUUGCAUCAAACCAAGGCUCGUGCAGCAAAGCUGGAAGCAGCAGGUGGCAGCAGCACAGUUGGCUCCAAUAGUACUUGCCCAUCCGCAACCUCCACAACGACAUCCAGCCCUGUCACCGCCACAUCAAGCUGCACAACCACAGCAACGAGCUCCAGUUUUGUGAGCCAAAUGCCCACUGAACCUGUAGUCAGUGCUGGCACAAGCAACCUGCUUACUUCUACUGUCCCCUGCCCACCUGAACAUAAAGAAGUGAACCGUAAGAAACUGGCAGACAUGAUAGCUUCACGACAACAACAGCAGCAGCAUCAACAGCAGCAAGCCCAAACUCUGGUCCAGGCUCAGGCACAAGUGCAAGCCCAGUUGCAGCAAGAACUCCAACAACAAGCUGCUAUUCUGCAGUCUCAGCUAUUAAAUCCCACUUUGCUUCCCCACUUUCCUAUGACCACAGAGACAUUACUUCAGCUCCAACAGCAGCAACACCUUCUGUUUCCCUUUUACAUCCCUAGUACAGACUUUCAGUUCACCCCAGAGGUUAGUUUGCCCUUGACCAGUGGUACACUUACAUUGACAGGAAGUGGCCCUGGUAUCCUGGAAGACCUAAAGACUCCGCUACAACUUUCCCAACAGUCACACCCUCAUCACCAACAUCUCCUGCAACAACAGUCAAGCCAAAUGUGUAUGUCAGAACCACAUUCCACUCUCCUGCAACUUCCGGAACUAAAGAACAAAUCUACAAAGGAAAACCUCAAGGAACUAAAGAAAGAAAAAGAAUUCGCUGAAAGAAAUGACGACACUACAGUAGUAAAUGAGUUGGUGCCCGAUGGUCUAAAAUGUAAAGACAAGAAAGAGCCUACAGCCAGUUCCAGCUCUGACUGUACUCUGCUUCCACCUCGCAUUGCAUCAGAUGCUCGAGGUAAUGCCACCAAAGCCUUGCUUGAAAAUUUUGGGUUUGAGCUGGUUAUUCAGUACAAUGAAAACAAGCAGAAAGUGCAGAAGAAAACUGGGAAGAAUGAACAGACUGACAGCUUGGAGAAAUUGGAAUGCAAUUCAUGUGGGAAAUUUUUUUCUAACAUCCUUAUUUUAAAAAGCCACCAGGAACACGUCCACCAACGUUAUUUACCAUUUAAGCAACUUGAACACUUUGCAAAACAAUACAGAGACCAAUAUGAUAAGUUAUAUCCGUUGAGGCCCCAAACACCAGAGACAGCUCCACCCCGCCCCCACCUCCACCCCCACCUCCUCCUCCAGCAACCCCACAGCCAGCUAUCACACCAACUAUUCCUAUUCCUACUACUGCACCUCCACUCACCCCACCCAGCAUUUCACCUGCACAGACAUCGGUGUCUCUGGCUCAACUGUCAAUGCCAAUGGAGCUGCCUAUUUUUCCACCCCUUAUGAUGCAACCUAUGCCACUGCAAACUAUGCCAGCACAGCUGACAUCUCAGUUGACUCCAGUAGAAACUCUUUCUGCAGACUUGGCUCAGCUUUAUCAGCAUCAACUUAAUCCCAGUCUUCUACAACAGCAGAACAAAAGACCACGUACCAGAAUCACUGAUGACCAACUAAGAGUGUUACGGCAGUAUUUUGACAUCAACAAUUCCCCAAGUGAGGAACAGAUCAAAGAAAUGUCUGAUAAGUCUGGAUUACCCCAAAAAGUUAUCAAACACUGGUUUAGAAACACCCUCUUUAAGGAGCGUCAACGAAACAAAGACUCUCCUUACAAUUUCAAUAACCCCCCCAUUACUAGUUUAGAAGAAUUAAAGAUGGACUCUAGACCUCCAUCACCAGAACCUCAAAAGCAUGAAUACUGGGGAAGUAAGAGGUCUUCCAGGACACGGUUUACAGACUACCAGCUCCGUGUUCUUCAAGAUUUUUUUGAUGCCAAUGCUUAUCCAAAGGAUGAUGAAUUUGAGCAACUUUCCAGUCUGUUAAACCUUCCCACGCGUGUUAUUGUUGUCUGGUUUCAGAAUGCACGGCAAAAAGCAAGAAAAAAUUAUGAAAAUCAAGGAGAUGGCAAGGAAGGUGAGAGACGUGAAUUGACAAAUGACCGGUAUAUUCGUACUAGCAACCUAAACUACCAGUGCAAAAAAUGUAGUUUGGUCUUUCAGAGGAUCUUUGACCUCAUCAAACAUCAGAAAAAACUGUGUUACAAAGAUGAGGAUGAAGAUAUGCAAGAUGACAGCCAAAAUGAAGAUUCUAUGGAUGCCACUGAUAUGCUGACACCUUCAAGUUCCUCAUGUAGCACCCCUAUGCCCUUUCAGACCUAUAGUACUGCUGGCACAGCAUCCACAAAUGCUGGUUUCUCACAGCAGAUGAUGGAUCUAGAUGAUGCGAUAAUGUGUAGUUCCAAGCUAGAGGCUUUAAAUGAUGAUAAACCAAAGCAUUAUGAAAUUCCAAGGACACAGCAAAACCAAACACAAGAACAGCCAUUUCAACCAAAGCAAGAGCCACAGCAGCCUCAAACCACACAAUCUCAACCUCCACAACAGGACCAAUUGGAACAAAAAGUUACUACAACACCACAGAAACAUCUGUCCUUAUCAUCUCCAUCCACACAACCCUCCCACUGCUCCCUUACACAGUCAAGUCCCAAUACGUCUCAAAUUUCACACCACUCUAUGAAGCCUCUUCACUCAUCAACUCCACAGCAGUUAGCUAAUUUGCCUCCUCAGCUAAUUCCCUAUCAGUGUGAUCAAUGCAAACUGGCCUUCCCAUCUUUUGAGCACUGGCAGGAACACCAACAGUUGCAUUUUCUUAGUGCUCAAAACCAGUUUAUUCAUCCUCAGUUUUUAGACAGACCAAUGGAUAUGCCCUUCAUGCUAUUUGAUCCCAGUAAUCCAUUACUAGCAAGCCAGCUGCUUUCUGGAGGACUUUCUCAAAUGCCAACUGGCUCAGCUACUUCUCCUUCAGCACCAUCAUCCACAAUGAACACCUUAAAAAGGAAGCUUGAGGAAAAGGCUAGUGCAAGCCCAGGGGAGAACGAUAGUGGGACUGGUGGAGAAGAACCUCAAAGGGACAAGCGCCUGCGAACCACAAUUACACCAGAACAGCUGGAAAUAUUAUAUCAGAAGUAUCUGCUGGAUUCUAACCCAACACGUAAAAUGCUUGAUCAUAUUGCCCAUGAAGUGGGUUUGAAGAAGCGCGUUGUUCAAGUUUGGUUUCAAAAUACUCGGGCAAGGGAAAGAAAGGGACAGUUUCGAGCGGUUGGUCCAGCCCAAGCUCAUAGGCGCUGCCCAUUUUGCAGAGCUUUGUUUAAGGCAAAAACUGCUUUAGAAGCUCACAUACGAUCUCGCCAUUGGCAUGAGGCAAAAAGAGCUGGCUAUAACAUGAGUUUAUCUACAAUGCUUGUUGACUGUGAUGGCAGUUUGCAGUUGAAAGGAGAUCUUUUUGACAAUACUUCCUUUCAUAACAUACCCCACAGCAGCAGUGACGGACCGUGCAUUUCCUUGUCUCCGGUGGGCAAAUCUAUGGAUCUUUCACCUAGAACACUGCUCAGUCCAUCUUCUAUUAAAGUUGAAGGGUCCGAAGACUUUGAAAGCCCCUCGAUGUCAUCUGUCAAUUUGAGCUUUGAUCAAGCUAAGUUGGACAAUGAUGACUGCUCCUCUGUGAAUACUGCUUUAACAGAUACAACAACAGGAGAUGAAGGAAAUGCAGACAAUGACAGCACCACAGGUAUUCUUGCUGAAACAAAAUCUGCAUCUAUAACGAGCGAAGGCUUGCCAAAGUCUGCCAUUAUGGCAAUGUCUGAGUAUGAGGACCAAAUGUCUUCUGGUUUAGUCAGCCCCGCCCCAAGCUUUUACAGCAAAGAGUAUGAGAAUGAAGGCAUUAUUGAUUAUAGUGAAACUUCCAGCCUUGCUGACCCAUGCUCUCCUAGCCCAGGUGCAAGUGGUUCAGCAGGCAAGUCAGGUGAUAGCGGAGACCGCCCUGGUCAAAAGCGUUUUAGAACGCAAAUGACUAACCUUCAACUAAAAGUUCUUAAGUCCUGUUUUAAUGAUUACAGAACACCCACCAUGCUGGAGUGUGAAGUUUUGGGCAAUGAUAUCGGACUGCCAAAGAGAGUUGUACAGGUCUGGUUUCAGAAUGCCCGGGCAAAGGAAAAGAAGGCUAAACUAAACAUGGCCAAGCACUUCGGAAUAAACCAAACCAAUUAUGAGGGACCUAAAACAGAGUGCACUUUGUGUGGCGUGAAAUACAGCGCACGUCUGUCUGUGCGGGAUCAUAUCUUCUCCCAGCAACAUAUCUCCAAAGUUAAGGACGCUAUAGGAAGCCAGUUGGACAAGGAGAAAGAAUACUUUGAUCCAGCCACUGUUCGUCAGUUAAUGGCUCAGCAAGAGUUGGAUCGCAUUAAAAAAGCCAAUGAGGUUUUGGGUCUGACCCCUCAGCAACAGGCUAUAUUUGAUAACCCUCCCCUGCAAGCACUCAAUCUUCCAACACCCUACCCAGCUCUCCAAGGCAUCCCUCCAGUACUGUUGCCAGGUCUCAGCAGCCCAACUUUGCCAGGAUUCACUCCCUCUAACACAGCUUUAAGUUCUCCAAAAUCCAGUGUGAUGGGAGUGUCCAACACCACCGUCCCUUCCCCUGGCCUUCCAACUUCUGGACAACCAAAUAAACAACCUCCCAAAUCAUUAAGCCCGACCAUUCCAUCACAGACUCACCUAUUACCUGCAUCCCAGUCCCAAGAGUUGCUGAAGGAAAAAGAAAGUGAGAAGGUGAAAGAGAAGGAAAGGGGGAAAGGCAAGGGAGAUCCAUCACUUGUGCUCAAAAAAGAGAAAGGAGAGACUCUAGCUUCAACAUCCAGCUCAAUGCCGGGUAUGGAGUAUAUAGUAGACUCAUCCCAGCUCCAGGCUUUACAAGCAGCUUUGACUUCCGAUCCAUCUGCCCUGCUCACCAGCCCAUUUCUUCCAUACUUUGUCCCUGGGUUUUCACCCUACUACGGCGCUCAGAUCCCUGGAACGUUACCAGGUGGUUACCUGCAGCCAAUGUAUGGGAUGGAAGGUCUGUUCCCAUACAACCCUGCUAUCUCCCAAGCUUUGAUGGGGCUUUCACCAAGCUCUUUACUUCAACAGUAUCAGCAGUACCAGCAGAGCUUACAGGAAGCACUACAGCAGCAGCAGCGGCAACUCCAAAUGCAGCAAAAACAACAGCAGCAACACCAUCAUCAUCAUCAUCAGAGACUGCAGCAGCAACAACAACCCAAAGCAAGCCAAACCCCAACUCCUUCUGUUGUUUCCCCUUCAGAAAAAUAUCCUGCCAAAGACUCCCUUAAGCUGGAAGAGCAGAAUCCUGUGGCCCUUGAGGUAUCGCACUCUAACAAGCCUCCAGAACAUCAAGAAGCAGAAAGCCAAGUUGCGGAUUGUCUCUUGGACCCCUUUAUUGUCCCAAAGGUGCAGUACAAGUUGGUCUGCCGGAAGUGUGAGCUAAGCUUCAGCAGCGAGGAGGCGGCUAUCAGCCACCUGAAGUCCCUCUGCUUCUUUGGCCAAUCUGUGGUGAACCUGCAAGAACUGGUGACAUGCAUCCCCACUGGUGACUGCAGCGGUUCAUACCGCUGUCUAGGGUGUGAGGCCACGCUGUGUGGGGGCGAUGCACUGCGUCAACAUCUGGAGUCACCCUUGCACAAACACAGAACAAUCAAAAGAACAGCAAGAAACGCCAAAGAGCACCCUAGUUUAUUACCUCACUCCGCCUGCUUCCCCAAUCCUGACACCGCAUCUACCUCUCAGUCUGCUGCUGACUCCAAAGCCAGCCUCUCACCCCCCUUCCCCCUCUGCUUCUCCCCACGCCACCACCAAGUCCUGGUCUCACAGUACGCCCAGAAAACCUCCGCCUCCCCCCACGCUCUCCUCAUCUUCAACAGUUACCUCAAGUCCGUGCAGCACCUCAGGGGUUGCGACCUCCUUUCCAACAGACGUUUUCUCUGAGGAGUCGGACUCGGACCUCAGCCAAAAGUCUGACAGGGCGGGAAGUCCACUAGGCGCUCCUGAGAACCCAAGCUGUCAUGAGGAUGGCUCUCGAACUGCUGUGGGAGUGGGUUCUUUACGAUUGUAG